AUGGAUCCCAAUCGAGCUAUAGCUAAUGAGGUUGAAAGUAAUGUGCCAGCUCCCACUCAAAGGAUAGCGCCUUCUGAAUCUAGACUCGUAGCGGUUCCCGUAGUUCCUCAAGGUAUAGAACUUUUAAGAUUUAAUAAGCCUCCAGUUGAUAAGAUUUGUAAACACGGGGCUAAAGAGUUCAGAGCUAAUGUUGUCGAUGAUCCUGAGAAAGUUGAGUUUUGCCUUGAAAACACUAUCAGAUGGUGGAAUACGUUAGUAUUAGUGGCACCGAGAGAGAGAGUCAUUUGGGAGUUCUUUCAGACUGAGUUUCGGAAGAAAUACAUAAGCCAAUGGUUUUUGGAUCAAAAGCACAAAGAAUUUUUAGAAUUGAAACAGAGCUAUAUGACUGUAACUGAGCACGAGAGAGAAUUUGUGUGGUUGAGUAAAUAUGCUCGAGAGUAUGUUUCUACCGAAGAGAUCAUGUGCAAGCAGUUUGUUAACAGUUUGAAUGAAGACAUUAAACUCCUGGUUGAGAUUUUAGAUUUGAAAGAAUUUUUGGUAGUAAUUGACAGAGCUUGUAAAGCCGAAGAUUUUAGCCAAGAAAAGAGGAAAGCUGAUUCUGAGGCUAGGGAUUCGAGGAAAAGACCGAUGAAUAAACCUUAUCAUUCUUCAUCAAAGAGAUCCUGA